CUGAAGAUGGCUGGUUGUGACGUCACGGCUCAUCGUGCUGAAGAUGGCCGCUUUGAGGACGGGUUCUGGUAACGCCAGGAUGAUUUUGCACUUUUUUCUCUGUGUUUUCGCAGCAGCGAAGAGCGAUGAGCAAGUCCCUCUGGUCGCAUGGGCGAGUGACGGGUUUGUCUUGUCUCCUGUGAAUACUCCAUCAGCAGGACACACUGUGUCUGUGGAUGAGCUGGAAUCAUACCUGAACCGAGCGCUGAGCACUACACCUCAUAAUCUACUGCUCUUCCUGCAGGAUAAAUUAAGCGUUGAUGACUUCACAAUGUACGGAGGAGUCUUUGGGAACAAACAGGAUAGUGUCUUCCAAAAUCUUGAGGCGGCUUUGCUGUCCUCCUCCUCCUUAUGGUUGCCAUCUGUAUCAUCGUCCGCCACUGCUUUGGUUUCUACACUGCUACAGAAUCAGAUUGAUGCGGCUCCUCUCUACAUGAACCCAGACACUCUUGCUCAACUCCGCCUCAAUACAUCUGUUGCUGCAUUGCUGGUGUUCCGCCUCCCUUACAGUGGCGGGGCUGAUAUGAUGUCUACUAAAGAGGUGCUCAGUGGAAAUGAUGAGGUAAUUGGUCAGGUGCUGAGCAUCAUGAAAGCUCAGUCUGUGCCGUUUACUGCAGUGUUCACUGCGUUGUGGCCCUCAAGGGUGAUUGAGGACGCGUCUCCAGCUGUCCACUCUGUCUGGUCAAGAUCCCUACUGCAGUCGCGUCGUGAGGAACCUUCUGCUCCGAACCCGCCAUUGGAGUUUAAGGAGAAGGGCUCCACCUGCAUUCUCAUGUGGGCUGAGAAACUGGUGGUGAGCCAGUAUCGCUCAGGAAAGUGGGAGAGGCAUGACCUUACCUCCAAAACCUUUGGUAAAGGUGUGAUACCCGACCUGUCUGGAUCAUCCUGCAAUGAGUCUCACUCCCGGUUGGUUCUGAAGUAUGAAGAUGUCCUGGAUUACCGUAUAUUCAAGCUCAUUUUUGUAAUGAACCGGCGUCACUAUAAGGUUUCUGCCCGUCAUUGGUUCACCAUGGAUCUGGUUCAGCUGGAGUAUGAUGGGAAAACUGCCUCAUUCAAUGCCAGCCGUCACAUCUAUGCCCCAGCUGAGUUCUCAUACCGCUGUGAAUCUGUAAGCAGUUCCUACUACCCUCAGCUGUCACCCCACUCAGAUAAGGACAAUGCCAACGACUGGCAGAUCUCUUUUGAUGACUUCCAGAUCCAGGGCUUUAAUAUAGCUGGGAAGGAUUUCUCUUAUGCCAGUGACUGUGCUAGUUUCUUCACUCCUGGUAUCUGGAUGGGUCUUGUCACGUCUCUGCUCAUGGUGUUGGUUCUCACUUAUGGCCUGCACAUGAUCAUGCAGCUCCGCACCAUGGACCGCUUCGACGACCCCAAGGGUCCUGCCAUCUCUGUGCCCCAGACCGAGUAAAAGACACAGAGUCAGUUUCCUUUCUCAUCCUCACAGCACCAGUGUUUGUUUUAGUUAUAGAAUAUUUUGUUAAUGUUAUUCAUUUCUUGUCAUUACGUGUGAUUGGGGUGCUGCUGGAUUUUUUCUGUGAUGAUCAUUUUAUUAAUCAUGUUUAUGGAUGAAUCUCAGGAAUGUGUGUCCAGAACAAAAAAGAACAAAUACAUAUUGUAACAAAUACAUACAUAUAUAAAUAAAUAAUAAAAAAGAAGAAUCAUUUUUAGGAUCAUUAAGAUUUUUUGCAUGUGACUUUAUUGUUACAAUUACAAGUACAAGUUCCCCCAAAUUCGCAUUAUGGUUUACUUUUGGUUUUUUGUCAAUUUUUACUCUCUCAGUGGUGAUUCUCUUGAGACUUUCAUUACUGUAAUGCAAAGCAUUUUUAAUUAAAAUUUCUAGAAAUUCCAGAAUCCCCCCCCCACCCCCACCCCCCCAAAAGUGCAUGUAUUAUCAUGAUGUAUAAAUACUUUACUAUUUAAAUAUUUCACCUCACAUAGUAAAAAUUUUAAUGGUACUAAAAUGGGCUUCUUUUUAUGCCAAAAAAAUUAUUUCCUUAGCAUGUCCUUGACAAAUUUUUGAGAUUCAUUCUUAAGACUUAUUUUGAGCUAAAUAUCUAAAAAUCUACUACAUUAUAAUUUCUUUUUAUAUUUUGUUUACAUUUCCAGUAAAAAAAUCUUAUUAUAUUUACAGAUUGGGGCACCAUUAAAUGUAAAUUGUACACUUUACACAAUAAAUUCGUAUUCGUAUUCGUAUAAAAGAAAUAUCUAUUAACGGACAGCUUAAUGUUUUUAGUGUGCUGUAAAUAUGAAAAGAGGCUUUUUUUGCUCUAAAAGUUAUUAGAUUAAGUAUUAUUUAUUGGUGGUAUGCAUAUAUGUUUGAAUGCAGUGUUUGUUUUUGAGUUCCCCCACUGUAUUUGCCUCAUUCUGUGUCCAGUGUGUGUUCAUAGAUGUUUCUGUGAGUUGUUGUGAGAACUGACAUGUUUUAUGACCAAUAUGGGUUUUGAUUUAAAGUGAAACAUGUUGUGAGCCAUAUUCAAAUAUUAGAAAAAAGGUUACCAGAGACAUUCUGACAUGUUUAAAUAUCAGCAUGUGUCUUUUUAUUGUAGUGAAUCAUUUGCGCAAAUAACUCUCAUAAAUAAUGUCUUAUGUUGAUGGCACGUCUGGAUUAUAUUUAAAAGCUUAAAAGGUUGUCUAUUGUCAUCUCAUGCUGGCAAGUUUUGGAGGUGUAUGCUCUUAAUUUUGUAUAUUGUGUCUGUGUUAAAUAAACUUAAUUGAGACACAA